CGGUUGAUUGAAAAUAGAGAAAAAAGCUUACAGCAACAUGGCACGUCAGCAGCAGGGCGACGUUGAUGAGUUAUUCGACGUGAAAAAUCAUUUUUACAUCGGUAAUUAUCAGCAGUGCAUCAAUGAGGCACAAAAAGUUAAGCCGAGUAGUCCGGACGUCGCUCUGGAACGAGAUGUCUUUUUAUACCGGGUAUACAUCGCACAACGGAAAUUCCGAGUGGUACUGGAUGAGAUAAACAAUUCAUCUCCAAAGGACCUACAGCCGUUAAAAAUGUUAGCGGAGUACUUCGCCAACUCUAGUAGGCGGGAAGCUAUUUUAUCCGAACUUGACCAAUUAGCUAACAAUGCGAACACGGAUAAUCAUAACUUCAUGAUCGUUGCUGCUACUAUUUAUUACCACGAAAAAAACUUGGAGUCUGCAUUGAGAAUACUUAGAAACGCAGAUAAUUUGGAGUGUCUCGCUCUAACUUUACAAAUUUAUCUUAAAAUGGAUCGACUGGAUCUAGCGAGAAAAGAGCUCAAAACCAUGCAAGAAAAAGAUGACGACGCCACUUUAACCCAACUGGCUCAGGCUUGGCUCAAUAUCAGUAGCGGAGGAGAUAAACUUCAAGACGCAUAUUACAUAUUCCAGGAAAUGAUCGAUAAACACUCGAGCACGAGCAUGCUGUUGAACGGACAAGCAACAUGUUUUAUCGGCCAGGCAAAGUACGAGGAGGCAGAAUCUGCGCUGCAAGAAUCUUUGGACAAGGACAGUAAUAACCCAGACGCUUUGAUCAACAUGAUCGUUCUCUCGCAGCAUAUGGGAAAGCCACCAGAAGUUGUAAAUCGUUAUUUGAGUCAGUUGAAAGACUCCCAUUUAGAGCACCCCUUUGUAAAAGAAUACCUACAAAAAGAAAUCGAGUUCCAGAGGCUGAAAAAACAAUAUUCUCCGUCCGCCUGAGUGUAUCAGCUACGGUACUGGCACUCGAUCGGAUGAUUGAAACGGCGCAGAGUGCUAAAUACUGGACAGCAGUGAGCGUUGGGUAAAAACUACCAUAGUCCCGAUCAACAUAUACCCGGAUUUGCAAACCCUUAUCAGGUGACACUUGACGCUAUGAAUUUUAAUCAAAAAUUACUGUUAGACGAGUAUAAAUUCAGGAUUUAUAUAGAAAUAUGUUAGUAAUUCUAAUGUAAAGCAAUUUUAACCAGAGUUUUUCAAAGCUGAGCCAUAUUUCUAAUAACUGCAGCUCGGUGUCGCCUACGCUUAGACUCACCGUUCACAACGGAGAAUUAUUUCAAGCUCCUUGAUCAUUAGGCCCGAACGUGAUGAUAAUUAGUGGAAAAAAUUACAAACGGUUUUAACCUUUCUCUGCUAUUCCUUGCCAACCGUAUUUUUUGCGAUAAAUACACGCAAGUUCGUUUGAUGCUGGCUUUGAGCAGCUUAUCUUAAAGUUAUGACAACUUUCUAUCAAGUACAGCUGUUCGUCAAUUGUUUUAUCGUUACUAUAGUCGCUGGAAACAUUGUGACGAUGAAGUAUCGAAUAUCUCUAUGAAAACCUGAACUUCACUUCUGUCCAGGAUUAAUGAGACAUCCAACGAUUUGGCUGAUCAUAAUUAUUACACUAUAAAAAUAAAAUCAACGAUACUGCCGCAGAUUUAUUAACAAGUAAUAGGUAUUAUCAUAUAAGGGUAACAUCCAUCUCGCAUGAAUCGCGUUUUCUAACCAUUCCUUGAGUAAUAAACUGAGAUAUCAAACUUUCUAGUUAUCGCCAUUCACUAUAUAUAUUGAUUCUAUCAACAAUAUCUAUUCCCCGACGUAAAACUUCCCUCAAAAAAAUUAAUUAUGAAAAACAAGAGAAGCGUUAUAAAAUGUAGAUAGCAACAGGUACUAACAAUUCGAACCAAUAGUGUAUCCCAUUUAACGUAAAUGUAAUUGGUACUAUAAUCGUCCAUUAUAAUAAACUGAUAAAAAGUAUUCUAGAUACGCGUGUAGACUUGAGAUACAAAAAGGCUAUUUGAAGCUGUGUUACAGCGAUCAAGAAUUUGUGGUAUAUUGUAAGUCUGUUUGAGACAAUACGAGACGAUAGAUAAAUAUAUAAUAUAUGUAAUAGAGA